CAGAAGACGCGCUAAGGUUUCUGUGACGAAGGUAGUCACCUGGGAGAGUGUCUCCAGCGCCGCUAUAAAAGACUGAGCAGAUCAGCAGGUGACCAUGAAACAGCUCCAGAAGCCAGAGCAAAGAGGAAGGACACCAACCGGCACGCUUCUCCCUCACCUUCCCUCAAACGUUUGACUGGAAAGAGCACAGAGGCGCGAACCAUGAAAGGUGCUCACUCUUUUGCUGGACUCCUGCUCCUCAUCAUCAUCCAAAGCAGUUGGCAGGUGCCUGUCCAGGACUCAGACCGAAGCUCUGCGUUAUUCAGUGAAAACUCAAUGCUCGAUGAUCCCAUCGAGUUCCCAAACAUGAAGAGGCACUCAGAGGGAACAUUUUCCAACGACUACAGUAAAUACUUGGAAACGAGGAGAGCACAGGACUUUGUCCAGUGGCUGAAAAACUCAAAAAGGAACGGAAGUAUGAUCAGGCGCCACGCAGACGGCACUUACACCAGUGACGUGAGCUCCUACCUGCAGGACCAGGCGGCCAAGGAGUUUGUGUCCUGGCUGAAGACCGGCCGAGGCAGGAGAGAAUAAACUCGAACCGAGUGCUCCUCCUGCUGUUGCCAUUCUCCAAAAAUAAUGCAGCUAUAUUUUCACUGAUUCUGUGCCAUUAUGUAUGUCUCACAAUCUGUACUGCUCCUUCUCCUGGUAACGCUAUUAAACUCGCCUCACAAGAAGCCCUGUCGGCCUUCAGUGGUUGAAGGAAAUGCUGUCAAAAUGCAAAAAAUAUUUUUCCACUUCUUGUCAUUUUCCUAUUUCAGUUCACAUGAAUUUGGAAGAAAGUGUCUCCAGUUACAUUUUUGAUCUGGACCGGAGUCGCGACCUUUACUGAUUACAUCCUUGGACAGUCUCAAUGGUUUAUUUUUUUUGUCUUAUACAAAAAACGUAUACUUGCUUUUAAACAAAGGAAUAUGUGUAAUUCCUGAGUUCCCC